GAUCCAAUACCAUGGUUAAUGUGAUUUCUUUCGCACACAGAUUUCCUCUUUGCAGCCCUUAGAGGCAGUACCAGAGAGGAGAAUCCUUUGCGAAGCCUGACUCUACAAGACCUUCUUAAGCGCAGCGUCACCACCACUCCUCCUGCGCACGCCGCGAGCGAACGGAGAACUCGAAAUCACCCAUCUCAGCCAAACGCGCAAGCCCAUAGCCCGACGCCAUCCGUGUACAGUGGUUGCAGCGGUUGUCCUGCCAACGCAGAUAGCGCGCACCCGGUUUCACCGCUGGGUCCUGCGACAUCACUUGCAGGACCUCGUUACUCACCAGCUCCCUUUCCACAGCCUCUUCCGCGCGCGUAUACUCCCAAAUUGGUAUUUGGCUCGGAUCAGGCACAUGUCGAACCUGGCGCAGCAAUAAACCCUGCUCAAUUCUUCAACUUCACCUACCCCUUCGACAUGGUACGAGAACAAGUCCCACCUCGGAAUCCACUUUCGCCCUCCAUGGGGAAUACAGCACCUCCUGCAAAGCCUCAAGAGAAGGGCAAGCAGCCAGACACCACUCGUCCGCAACAGUUAUAUCCGAACCUACAGAAUUCGACUCUAGAGCAACCUCAGUUUGGCAAACCUACGGCGUUAGGUGCGUCACCACAACCAUACUCAAGAACACAACCUCUGGUGAGACCGACUGCGAAUGUCUCUGCCCCGCGUCAGGCCACGGGUAGUCAGCCAGACAAAUACUCGAACCUGUUCGUGGCAUCGAAGAAGCCCUCGCAGAGACCAGAAUUACACAAGCCACACGGCGUCGCAAACCCGCUGCAAGCAUUCAGAGACUUUGACAAUGGCUCGAGUCAAUCGAGCGCGUCAAGGCCACGACCUUCAGAUGACGAACUGUUCGAGAUUCCCAAGCCUGCAAACUUGCCUCAACAAAAUAACACCGCCUCAUACCAAGCUAGAUUCUCCGUUGACGAUGUGUACGAGAUCCCAAAGCCUGCGAACUUAGCGACAUGGCAACCCAAGCCCGUCGCUCCUCCAACUUUUUCUUCUCAGCAAUCGGCCAAUCCUUACUUUAUACCUCAGAACGUCGUGGACCGGAUAGGUUUUGCGACCAAUAGCACGCUCUGGCAUGAAGAGCAAUAUGCAGCCGCUGAUCCUUCAACGUAUAUGGACUGGGGCAAGGCCAACGAGAAUAUCAAAGCUUUACUCGAAGGCGCUUUUGAGGAUGAAGAGGACAAACCACGGACGCGCAGAAGAAAGAAGCAGCUGGAGACCAAACUUGACGAGUUGUCCGACAAAUUAAAGGGUAUGUCCGUCGCAACCGACGAAGCCGACAAAGAGACUGGGGACGACGAAGACGAAGAGGAAGAAGACGACGGCACCAUCCCUGGGCUGAAAGUCAAACUUCUCCCUCACCAAAUCGAAGGCGUUAGCUGGAUGUGCGACAAAGAGACGGGCAUCAAGAAAACAAGAGGCGUCCUUCCCAAGGGCGGCAUUCUGGCAGACGACAUGGGUCUAGGCAAAACCAUCCAGUCGAUUGCCCUGGUUCUAACCAACCCGAAGCCUAGCCCCGAGGAACUCGAAAAGACAAAGCGCAAAUUGCCCGAAGGUAUCGGCAAAGGAACUCUCGUCGUUGCCCCGUUGGCCCUGAUCAAACAAUGGGAAGGUGAGAUGAAAGACCGCGUAGAAAAGGAUCACGCGUUGAAUAUCUGCGUUCACCACGGCCCUGGCCGGACGAAAAACUACAGAGACCUCCGAAAGUACGAUGUCGUGAUUACCACGUAUCAAACACUCUCAUCCGAACAUGCUGGAUCUGAAGGUAGUCUGAAAGUCGGCUGCUUCGGCGUCCAUUGGUACCGCAUCAUCCUUGACGAGGCCCACAGUAUCAAGAACCGGAAUGCUAAAGCCACGAAAGCCGCAUGCGCCCUGAACGCAGAGUACAGAUGGUGUCUUACGGGCACUCCGAUGCAGAAUAACCUGGAUGAAUUGCAAAGUCUGAUACAUUUUCUAAGAAUCAAGCCGUACGACGACCUGAACCAGUGGCGGGAAAGUAUCACGAAACCGAUGAAUUCAGGACGGGGUGGUCUUGCGCUUAGAAGGUUGCAAGUCUAUUUGAAGGCUUUUAUGAAGCGGAGAACAAAAGAUAUCUUGAAGCAGCAGGGUCCAAGCAAGGAUGACAAGUCGGGCACGGCGACGAAAGGGCCAGGCUUCAAGAUUGUCGAACGGACGGUCGAGAAAGUCGAAGCCGAGUUCACGGAGCAGGAGCGCAAGUUCUAUGAGCGGCUUGAGUCACGUACGGAUCGUAGUCUUGAGAUGAUGAUGGCUGGCAACAAAAUGAGUUAUGCCUCGGCGCUGGUUCUCCUGAUGAGAUUGCGACAGGCGUGUAACCAUCCGAAACUCACCGGUAGUGAUUUGAGCACCGAGAAUGACGGUGCCAGUGGAUCUCAGACGCCGAGCCGUCGCAAGGCCAGUGUUGAGGAUGACAUGGACAGCAUCGCUAACAUGCUGGGCGGAUUGAGCGUCGAGUCGAAACGGUGCGAUGUGUGCCAGAUGGAGUUGACCAAGCAGGAAGCGCACGACGGUGCAAUUCGAUGUGCAGAAUGCGAGGCCGAUCUUGAGGAGCAGAAUGUGCAGCUCGAGCAGAACAGUAAGGCGAAGAAGGAGAAACGAGUAAAGAAAGAACGACAGGCCAUUCGCAAGCAGCGCAAAGAGGCGCGGCGAGUCAUCCGAGACAUCGAUGAUGAGGAUGAUCCUGUCACCCCAGCUCAUGAAGAGGACGAAGAAGACGAAGCCUCGAGCCUUGAUAACGAUGAGGAAGAGUCCACGUCAGAUGAGGGCAUUGAGGCACCGGGCAUAAUGCAAUCCACCAAGAUCCGACGCCUCCUGGGUCUUCUCAAAGCCGAUGCACAUCAGCACAAGUACAUCGUCUUCUCGUUCUUCACAUCAAUGCUGGACUUGAUCGAACCGUUCCUGCGGGAGAACCGGAUCAGAUUCGUCCGCUACGAUGGCAAGAUGCGUAACGACGCGCGCGAGGCGAGUCUCCACUCAUUACGUACGGACCCUUCGACAAGAGUGUUGCUGUGUUCACUCCGCGCAGGCAGUCUGGGACUGAACUUGACUGCGGCGAGCAGAGUUGUGAUACUGGAGCCGUUUUGGAACCCCUUCGUCGAGGAGCAAGCCAUCGACCGCGUACAUCGUCUGAAUCAAACUGUCGAUGUCAAGGUGUUUAAACUCACGGUCAAAGGCACGGUCGAGGAAAGAAUCCUCGCGUUGCAGGAGAAAAAGCGUGAGUUGGCGAAUGCGGCGAUCGAGGGACGCAAGGGCGCGAUGAAGUUGACGUUGCAGGAUAUGUUGAAAUUGUUUGGACGAGAUGCUGAGAGGGAAGAACCUGUUGAAGUCCAAAAUAUUGGAUCGGGCCCAGGACUACUUGAUUCCUCUGGAUCGAGACCUGGCGGGUCGGCGUCAGUGCCUCAAGGUGCGAGUACGAGUCAAGGCAUGGCGAUGAUGGGAAGCAAUGCUCGGUAUGGCGCGGGGAGUGGGACUGGGAGUGGAAGUGGAAGAGACAGAGACAGAGAGAGGGUGAGGGAGAGGGAGAGAAUGAGCGAUGGUACAAAGAAGGUGCACAAGGAUCAUGAAAUUUAUGGACGGAGAUGGUGAUGGUGAUGGUGAUGAUGAUAGCGAGCUUUUUGUUGCUCGUGCCUCACACUGGACCCGCGAUAUCCUGUCUACAAAUUGGUCGGAAUACGCGACUUCUGGUUUGACGAAUCGGACUUGUAAGAGCAGGGGCUCUCGGGCGUACACGGUGCUGACCUAGGGUGCGACGACUGAGAUGCCCCUAUGUUUGUCUGCGUACGAAGCACUCUUCUAGAGGGCUCCGUCGAAAUGCGAUUUUACUUUCAGACUAUGUUUUGUGUGUCGUGUCAAUGUCUGGCCCGUGAAGAGGCUAUUCCUUUAUU